AUGAUGAUGGCAUUCCAACGAUUGCUCCUGCUUCUUCUUUUUCUUACACUCGCAGAAUCGCGUCCUCCAGCUCAGAAUGAGCUUCAAGAUCAGCAGAACAACAAUGAUAUUCAGUUUACUGAUUAUUUUGAGGACUUCUUCCCAGUACUUUUGAAUUCCACGAAACUUCACGAAAAUUAUCAAUAUGAAAAGAAAAAGUAUUUGACAAUGAUUCUGGGGCUUCCAAAACGAAUGAAGAAAAUUUAA